AUGCAAGAACUUGCGCAUUUCGUUGGACACGAUCAUGGUUGGGGUGAUCGUACACGAAAGAUAGUUGGCUCAUUUUUAUUGUCCGUUGUUCUAAAUCGCACUUUUAUUAUCGAUAUGACUUGGCCCUGUUCUAUCACUCAUAUUUUAACAUCUAAUUUUAUUCAAUGGAACAAUCGUAUUUUGUUGAAUAAAAACUAUUCCUCUAUCAAUAUUACAACGUUAACAUCUCAAGAUUAUGAUAAACUCAUGGCAUAUGACAAACUCUAUGAUGUACUCUACAUUCAAACAUCGAAUAUUGCCUAUUUUAACCUAAUUAUUCAACAAUCACAUCUUUAUUCGUCACUGAAAACACGAUUUAACUUAAAACAUAAACAUAUCCAUAUACAAACACUCUAUCAACUAUUAUAUGAUCUAUUAAUUCAAUUAAAACCCAAUAUCAAAAUAAAACUUAAUCAAUUAUUAAAACAGAUCAAACCAAACACAACACUUCUCUGUGGUCAAUUGAGAAUCGGUCGAAAUCCAACAAAUCCAAAAGAUGUCGUAUUUCCAAAGCGUGAAAAAAUGAACGUUACUGUCAUGGAUUUUCUUGUAAAACAAUCAAAAAUUACACAAAGUAAAGUAUUUAUUACAACUGAUUCAAACGAUGUUCAAUAUUUAGCUCGUCAAACAUUCAAACGUUCAUUACUUGAAAUUAACGGCACCAUAGCUCAUAUUGAUAGAGACUGGAAUUAUUUAGGUUGUGCAAGUUUAGAAAAGACAAUUGUAGAAUUUCAUAUGCUAAGCUAUUGUCAUACAGCUGUGAUAUCAAAAAGUUCAUUUGGUUAUUUAGCUGUGAUGAGAAGAAGUCAGCCAUAUAAACAACUUUAUCUCUAUUGUGAUGGUAUUAAAAAAAUUAAUAAUGCAACCGAUUACGAUAAAUUUGUAUAUUCAACAUGUUGA